CGGGAGGAGAAGGAAAUUUUGCAACAAGUAACUAUGGGUGCCCGGGAUGAAAGGGUUAGAGACAAAGGUCUCGAGAGCACGAUGGACCUCGACGAGUUGACCAACUACGCCAUAAAUCGAGAACUACUGAUGAAGCAAAAGCAGAAAUCCCAGCCGUUCAAAGUUGAAUCCGACUCAGCUAGCGUCUCAGCGGUGAAACAAAUCUGGAACAGAAAGCAACAAUCCAAGGAGCGAUCUUCCGGAAUGACUUCGUUCAAACGAGAGAAGCCGUGGAAUGAGGGAAAUCGUGUUCGAUCAGAAUGCGAUCGCUGCGGUUCAUGGAAACACUUCAAAGACUCGAAAAUGUGCAUUGCCCGAAAUUCCAAAUGCAACAAUUGCGGCCGUAUGGGCCACUUCGCCAGGAAAUGCAGAGCAAUAAGAAAGUCGCAGCUCAAAGCCCGCAGCACUUGGAAGCGUGCCGAUGAGGAGACCAAUACCGUACAAGAUAUCGACCGAGACGACAUGGAGCCCCUAGGCUAUCGCAAGACGUCGGAUGAUUCGAUGAAGAUGAGCCGAAAAAACGAUGGAUUUAUUACGUGUAAAAUUGAUCAGCAUCCUGUUAUCUUCUUAAUUGAUUCGGGAGCUGCAAUCAAUACGGUUACCGAACAGGUUUGGGAAGAACUCAUAAAAGCCAACGCGACUAUUUUUAAAAAAAGGUUUCAAUGCGAUCGCAAAGUUCUAGCUUACGCUACUCAAGAACCACUGCGGGUCUUGACAAUCUUUGAAGCGUGGAUUUCAGUAAAUGAAUUCAAGCCCAAAACUUACGCUGAAUUCUUCGUUAUUGAAGGUUCACAGAAAUCGCUUCUUAGUAAACGAACGGCAGAAGACCUAAAAGUUUUGAAAGUCGGGCUUGAGGUUCAAAGCAUAGUGGUUGGAAAUGAAGCGUUUCCGAAAUUCCCGAAUGUUCAAAUAAAAUUAUCUAUCGACAGCCGCGUGCCACCGAAGAAAAUCGCAUACCUAAGAAUUCCUGCAGCAAUGGAACAGAAAGUAGAUCAAAAAUACUUGAGAUGCUCAAUAGUGACGUGA